CAGAUAAGUUGGUUUAGUUCACAGGUAGACACGCUCAGAGAUUCAACUUCAGCUGCGACGCAAAAGACGCCUCAGGGGUGGCCUAAGGAAGCUGCCACAAUGCCACAAAAAUCCGCCUUAUCCAAAAGUUUGGCCGUCGCCUUCGCUGUCCUGACGGUUUCUGCCAUCGGUGGGAUGAUCUCCAUGAUGAUUGUUUUCGAGAUACAGACUGCUAACAUAAACAUGACAGAACGUCCAACCGUCCCAACGACAACUCUGGCCCCACCACCGGUUAUGCGGCUGCCGAGGUCCCUGAUUCCCGAAAGAUACGAGAUCCUCCUCCAUCCUCACUUCUACAGCAGGAUUGUGGAAAAGGUGAACGUCACGACCCCAAACCAGACGCUGUUCUUCAAUGGGAGCUCGACCGUGUACUUCCGCUGUCACCAAGCAACGAAGCACAUCUUCCUCCACAGCUUCGAGCUGAGCGUGUCGUCUCUGCUGGUGACAGACCGCGACGAGAACGUUCCAUUAAAAAUCCUAUCACACCAACACCACCAUGAUGAAAGUGACUUCUUGGAGAUUGAGUUGGGGGAUAACUUAAAGACAGACGGGAAUUACAGUUUGUCUCUGUCUUUUGAGGGAGAAAUAUCUGAGUAUCUUCAAGCUAUGUAUCUGAGCAAAUAUACAGAAACCAACUUUGACUCUGUAAAUAACACAAUAGAGGAAAGAUUCCUUGUAGCCACAAAUUUAGAGCCAACGAGUGCAAGGAGAUUGUUUCCGUGUUUCGACGAGCCCGACAUGAAGGCUAUUUUUCAGCUGACAGUAAUCCAUAGACGGGGUACAGACGCUUUGUCAAAUACACGACAACAAACCACCUCUAUUAUAGAUGACGAUUGGAAAUACACAAAGUUUUUUUCUACGCCAAAGAUGUCAAGUUAUUUACUUGCCCUCACAAUCUCAGAGUUCAAGGCCACAAAUUCCCCAGAAAAUCGUGUGUCUAUUAAAACCUAUGCCCGUCCUGAAGCCAUUGCAGCCAAAUACACGAAGUAUGCCAGCGAAGUAACUGCAAAGAUCCUCGAGUUCUAUGAAGGACAUUUUGAGCUGCAGUAUGGAAUGGGAGACCUUGGUCAAGUAGCUCUGCCGGACUUGGAACCGUUAGCAAUGGAAAACUGGGGUCUUAUCACGUACCAGGAAGGAGCUUUGCUCUAUGAGGAAGGAGUGUCCUCUUGGCUGCACAAGGAAGUAAUCGCCACUAUUAUUGCUCAUGAGUUGGCACACCAGUGGUUUGGAAAUCAAGUGACGAUGAAAUGGUGGAAUGAAAUUUGGCUGAAUGAAGGGUUCGCCACCUACAUGUCCUACCUCGCAGUGAACCAUGUUGAGUCAUUUCAAAUAAAAGAGAAAUUAAUUAUGGAUGAUCUUCAUGCAGCAUUUGAGGAGGAUGCUCUGUUGACUUCCCAUCCUCUCAGCGCUCCACCGAAUGAUGUCGAGACAACUGGUGAGAUCCUUGGGAUGUUCAAUGCUAUAAGCUACAGUAAGGGGGCCAUGGUGCUGAGAAUGCUGGCGAACUAUGUGGGAGAAAAAGCUUUUGACAACGGCAUCAGAGCUUACCUCAGAGCGCACAGAGGAGGAAAUGUAGAAGCAAAAGACCUGUGGAGUUUCAUUGAAAAUGCCCAUAAUGGAAAAACCCAGUACACAGUUUCUGAAAUCAUGGAAAAAUGGACCACACAAAUGGGCUAUCCUGUCAUCACCAUCAACACCAAGAAUGGAGAGAUCUACCAGAAGCACUUCCUCUACAACAGCUCUGCUGUAUCCAGUCUAUCGUGGCUCAUUCCCAUCACAUACACUACAAAUAUCUCUGGACUGAACGAUGUCUGGCUGGAUAAGAAAGGACCAGUGAAGAUGGAGGAAUUCAUUUCAAAGAAAGGAGAGUGGAUCCUGGCUAACGUCAACACCACUGGAUUCUACAGAGUCAACUACAACCUGGAGAACUGGGAACGCCUGCUGUGGCAGCUGGAAACAGAUCCAUCUCGCAUCCCUCUGAUGAACCGGGGGCAGCUCAUUGACGAUGCCUUCAACUUGGCUAGAGCAAAGCAGGUCGAUGUGACUCUGGCUCUGAUGUCGACCCGUUUCCUCCGUAAAGAGACGGCUUACCUCCCCUGGGAAUCAGCCGUCAGGAAUCUGGAGUACUUCAUCCUGAUGUUUGAUCGUUCCGAGGUGUACGGCCCCAUGCAGCUUUAUCUUCGACAUCAAGCAGAGGAGCUUUAUAACUUCUUCAAAAACCAAACAGACAACUCGACUGUCCCAGACGAUCACUCACUACAGCACAACCAGAUCACUGCCAUAGAGGUGGCCUGCUCCAGUGGACUCCCAGAUUGUGUGGAGAUGGUUAGGGAGAAGUUUGCUGACUGGAUGGACACAAGCGACACCAACAACAUUCAUACCAAUUUACGGUCUGUAAUCUACUGCCAAGCUGUGGCCGCUGGUGAGAAGAAAGAGUGGGAGUUUGCCUGGGAGAAAUUUCAAAGCUCCACUGACACCUCAGAGAAAGACCAGCUCAGAAAAGCUCUGUCCUGCACCAAGAAGACUUGGCUCCUCAACAGAUACCUGACGUACACUUUGGACCCUGAUAAGAUACGGCUGAUGGAUGUCACUUCCACUAUUAACUUCAUCGCGCAAAACGCCGCGGGACAAGCGCUGGCUUGGAACUUCAUCAGAGCCCACUGGGAUUACGUCAGUCAGGGGGAUGCUGCUUCACUGGUUAUGGGCGUGACCAGACGGUUCUCCACGCAGUUUGAGCUGGAGGAGCUGAUUCGCUUCAAGGACAACACAGAGAUGAACGGCGCUUACAGAGCCACACUUCAGGCCAUCGAGCAGACCCAAGUCAACAUCCAGUGGGUCCAGGAGAACCACGACACGGUCCUGGAGUGGUUUGAAAGAGAGACUGCCCAUCUAGAAUAAGCAAAGCUUCCGAUGUUUUGCGGCCCAUCGGAUCAGUGGUUAAGCCGAUUUUCAGGCGACUCUAGUAAAUCUAAAUAGAGAUGAAGUUAAAGGAUUUUACACACUUCUGUUGAUCAGACAGAAGUGGCGUGAUGUGUGUAGCACAGACAACAAGAGAGGUUUGCUCUUGUUUGUGUAAAUAACAAUGAACAUUAUUUAUAGUGUACUCAAUGCAAAUAGUUAAAACAUAGAUUUUAUUCCCCUUUAUGAAUUGUUCGUUUCCGGCUGGAACGUAAAUCUAUUGGUAAAGAUGUUCUUAUAUGAGAUUACUUGUGAGUGUUGCUGCUGAUUUAUAUAAAUAUGAAUUUACUUUUUUUUAUUUUACGGACUGACAGUUAGAUAGUUAUUUUACUGUCCCAAUACACAAUUUUAGUUAAAGAAAAAAAAAGAAAAAAAUCCUCAAAUUAACUGGUCUCCAUGCUGCUGCUGGUUCCCAAACACUCACAAACAUCCAGAAUAACACAUGAGAGUCUGCUUGAGCAUGAAUGUUGAAAUCAAAGAAUCCAAUUACUGUUACUGCAUUCAUUUUUGCUGAAAUUGUUAUUUUUAAUAAUAAAACAUCAACAGCAAGCCCUUUCAUUUGGUCUGUGUUAUUUUGGUUUUAGCAACAGGAAAUGCCACGCUGACCGAGUCUGAACUGAGAUUAGAUGUAAUCAGACACAACUUGUUUUAAUUACCAGUUUGUUUUUCAAAGGAUUCCUUCAUUGCACAGCAAGCAUGUAACCAUGUAG